AUGAAGGCCCUCGAUAAGAUCAUGCAGUUCAAGGCCGUUGAACAAUUUCGGCAGUCCAACAACGUCACCGCCGGGGACAGUCGACCGACUUUCUACUACUUUACCAGCGAGGGGGAGGAGAUCGAAACGGACGCUCACCUCGUCAGCCUUCCCGACAACUCUACCAUCUACUAUGCGACUUUCCCAAGCUUGGACCUAUAUUUUGCCAAGGAACUUCGCAAGUUUCCCCUCCCGCCGCCCUUCACCGACACUUCGCAAACGAACUGGUUCGUGGAGUUGGAAGAAUUGAAUUGCCGCUGGCGGGUUCUCUUAGAAAAGUGGGACGGGCCGUUUUGGAAGCUUCCCACCGAAGUUCAGGCGGCAACGGCCAUCCUAUUGGAAGAGUUAUUGAAACCCCUCUCCGGCAGCGUCACUUGCACACAUCGAAUCUUGGAGGCGUUCCAUAGCAAGACGCAGAACAAACCCGACAUCGGUAGCUGGGUCCCGCAGGACAUACUUUGGACGCUGUUGAUGAUCAUGAAAAGUGUAGCUGAUCUGGGAACCGUGGACGGGGAGAGUACUAAAUCAAACCAACGCCUUGCCACGGAGAGGUCGUUGCCCGAGGUUGCAACGACCUCUCCGAGGCAAGGCUUUGAUUUGAUAUCUGCCGGAAGGGGUGAUCACCUCCGGAGUGGUGAUCACCAGGUGUACUUCAUCAGUACUGCGUAUCUCCGAGCAAACGUAGUCCCCAUACUAUGCACUGAGAAUUCGAAAGUCCCCAUGCAAACGCCUACGGACGCGCGUGCGUUUCCUACACACCGACCCGUGGCGGGUGUCGGGGGUCGCCCGUCGGGUGUCGGGGGUCGUGGCGGGUAUGGGGACGCCACGACUUUAGUGGAAAAUGGGCGGUCCACAAGGUCCCAGGCGAAGGAGGGGAUCUGGUCUCGGCGGCGGUCCACUCUGGAAAGGGUCCGGACAGCCGUGAUCGCAAUGAAAAAAGGAGUCCGCAGUGGGCCGGUGUCUCCAACUAGGGAUGCCGGCUGUACUGUCCCUAGCGGCGUAUUUUCGUGAUACGCUUUGUCGAUACUGAAGCGGCAUCAAAGUAUGUUAUAGAGAAUA